UUGAUUGAAAAUCGAAAAUUCUGUCUUCCAUUCUCCAAUCAUUGUGACCUUGACAUUAGGCAUUUAGUUGCACUUACAUAAGAUGCUAUUUACACCAUUCAUUUACACAGUUGGAAGUAUAUGGUAAUUUCUAUUGUGCAUCAGGAGUUUAAAGUUCGGAAACAGAAUCAAGAAGAGAGAGUUGACGAUUUAGCCGACAAUUAAGACAUCACAGGAGCAGAGAUGUCACUGUACAGGAAUGUAGUGUGGUACUGCAAAGGCAAGGGGGAGUAUACCAAGAAAGGAUAUGAAGCUGCUGCUAAACACUUCAAUGCGGGAGACCUCAAUGUUAGUGCAGCUGGGAAGAACUACAUGAUCACUGGUGCUAAUAGCGGCAUUGGCAAGGCGGCGGCCAUCGAUAUUGCAAAUAAAGGCGGGACUGUGCAUAUGGUGUGUCGGAACGAGGAGAGGGGAGAACAGGCUAAAAAUGAAAUAAUGGAGAAAACGGGUAGUUCAAAUGUUCACCUUCACCUCCUUGACAUGAGUAACACGAGAGCUGUGUGGAAGUUUGCAAAGGACUUUGAAUCUGCUGGGAAUUCGCUCAAUGUGCUGGUAAACAAUGCUGGGUGCAUGGUGAACAGUCGAGGGCUUACAGAUGAUGGAAUCGAGAAGAAUUUUGCCACCAAUGUCCUUGGAACCUAUGCCCUGACGAUCGGUCUCAUGCCAAUUUUGAACAAAGCAGACAAACCUAGAGUGGUCACAGUGUCGUCUGGAGGCAUGUUAGUGCAGCAGCUAAACAUUGACGAUAUCCAAUUUGAGAAGAUGAAACCUUUUGACGGCACAAUGGCGUAUGCUCAGAACAAACGGCAGCAAGUUGUGAUGAUGGAGGAAUUAACGAAGAAGUACCCAAAAGUCCAUUUCUCAUCUAUGCACCCUGGCUGGGCCGAUACACCAGCUGUCAAGCUCUCCAUGCCCUCCUUCUACGAAUCGAUGAAAGGCCAGUUGAAGACAGCAGAACAAGGAGCCGAUACUAUAACCUGGUUGAGUUUGUCUGAUGCCGCCCUAGCUCUCAAAGGAGGCGAAUUCUUCCAAGAUCGGAAACCAGUCCCCAAACAUCUGCCACUGGCCUGGACGAAAUCAAAAGCUGGCGAAAGUGAGAAAUUAAUUGAAAUCCUCGAUUCAUUCCUGGAGCAGUUUAAGUCCUAGUUUUGAUAUCUCAGACGCAAACCGAUUUACUGUGACUUUCAUGUGCCUUUCAAGUCUUAAUUGGUUUUGUCAAUGAUGUACUGAUGUCUCAGGUCAUUAUUAAUGUAUUUUCCUCACGAUUUUUGUACACGUAGAUAUACAAGCUUACAAAACAAAACUUAAGUUAUUAGUAAGUUUAGCAAGUAUAACUUCCUCAUACGACAAAUGAAAAAAUGACUACUGCUAUACAAAUCAUAGAUUAGAAAAGUUAGGAUUGCAGGGUGUUUUGAACUAAAUCAGGACUUAAGACAUGUAAGUGUUUAUAUCCCUGUGUCUUGUUUCUCAAGUGCACAUCCCACCUUAACCUCAAUUUAAUACUUAAUAUUUGAUACUCGAGAGAAUUAUUGUUAUGAAAACCUAAUAUAUUAUUUUUAUUGUAUUGACAGUUAUUUUUCUAUGUUGCUGUUCAUUCCUAUAUUUCAAAAGAGGCGUAAGCCUUCAAUGUACAAUACUAAAAAAAUAAAAGAUUUAUAUCAUAA